AUGGAGGAGGCCGAGCGCAUCUGCCGCUGCCACAACGCCGACGGCGCCAUGGAGUACUGGCUCGAGCCGGACGAGCUCGCGGCCCUGCGCCGGGAGAUCCGCGUCGACCCGUACUGGGUGCCGCCAGGGUGGAAACGCGGAGACCCCGUGUCCGCGGAUGGCUACGCGCUCAAGGCAAAGAUGCGGGUGGAGGAGCUCAGCAAGGAGCUCGCCGGAUUAAAAAGGAUACUGAUCUUGCAGAUGUGGCAGCUCCUGUUCCAAAUAGUUAAUUUUAGAAAAAGGAGGAAAAAGGAGUACAUAUAAUACCUAUUUCCGACUAUAGCCGAUCUUGGCGCCAGAACGUCUAUACCGGCUGUGACCUGGAUGGGGAUCGGCGGCGGCUCCUCAAGCGGAUC